UCACACUCGUCGGAUCAGUUUUAGCUUGCUGUGCGCCCGCGCACCCGCCGUUUCGUGUUUCUUGCCGGCAUUCGCCGAAUCACCGAAUCCUUUUUUUUCCACCACAAAACGCUACGAGGCUUCCUCACCACACCAUCCGUCCAAAACAGUGAUUGUACAACAGUGAACUAUCAUGUUUGUGUUAUGAAAACAUAGUUUUUUGUUUUGUUAUAUUUUUUCGCAUUGCAUCUUUUGCAUUUAUCCUGUGUUCUGUAGUGAAAUUGGUACUUGCUGCGGCCUCCGCGAGCGGAUUACAGCCGUUCAUUUGUCGUAGUGGAGCGCGCAUUAUGCGCGGCGUCACGUGACCUCACAUGGCGUCCGACGCGCGCCCACGAUCGCCGCAAGAUGGCGCGCGAAGAAGGCGGGACUUCACCAGGUUCCCUGUCCCCGUACGUGACGCUGGGCGCGGUGCGGUACGCUGUUCGCCGCGCACCGCCGCCGCGCGCCUGCCCCUGCCGCUGCUGCUCCGAGGAGGCGGUGGCGGCGUGCCUCGGCCGGGCCAAGCCCGACAGACGCACGCUGGAGCGCAUCCAACGCCACCUGGGCCGCGGCUCGCGCGACGAGCGGCCCUCGCGCCACCAGCGCCUGCAGGCGCUCACCGAGCUGCUGCGGCCACGCGCGCACCAGCCGCCGCCGCCGCCCCCGCCGCCGCUGCCGCCGCCGCCGCACACGGCACCCGUGCUGCCGCCCGUGCCGCCGCCGCGCGCCCGCCACCGACACAGCCCGCCUCGCGGCGCCUCCGUCGACCGCUGCGACGAAUUCGAUGCCGAUAAUAUUACUCUGGUCCGCGUCGAGCCUCGCUCUAUUGUUGGAUCUUACGCGCAAAAAACUAUACCUUAUCGAAGUGCAUCGUUUUCGCAAGGUGAUUUCGCACAGGACAAAUAUUAUCGCGGGCCGAAUCGACAGCCGUCAGCGUUUGAUUUCGGCAAGCGAACCGCGAGAACCGAGCGCGCUGCAGCGGCCCGUCGCGAUGCCGAAUCUUCAAGUAACGCUACUGACGAGAAUGUGACAGAAGAAGGAUCGGUGGCGUCGGUCGACUCCGCUGUAGGAUCGGAUGAGGGCCUACUGGCGCACGCAUCGCCCGCAGGCCGAUCGCCGCCACCAGAUGGCCCGCAUAAGCAGUUAGGAGCCAGAUCUCUUACGCACCCGCUGCCGCGACGGAUCCCUACUGUGAGGGAGGAGGGACCGAAUGAAGCCGGUGGAAGCUUGCCCGCUUUGAUGGCACCGCGAGUUUUACAUGAAUUACGUGAAGAAAGUGACGGCUCCCAGGCCGAUAGUGCACAAGCCCAAAGUGAAGGAACCUCGCCUCUGGAACCCGCGCAACCUUUCGCGUUUCCGCCUCUCCCUGACCCGCCCGCAAACGCGUGUGCUAAUGUUGACUGUGAUUGUUCACAAUUUCCUGAUGCGGGAGAUGAUCCCGCAACAGACAAUUCAAGUGACAUACCUGUGCCUGUGUAUGAGUGUAUAGUGAAACAGUGGUCGAAGGAGUUACCGCAGGAGGAACAGCAGCGUUCUGACGCCGCUUCUGACGGUUCUUUGGAUCGAGAUAAAGAGGAUGAGACGAUAACGAGCGAGCAAGUUGCGAAUUUAUUAGCCGCUGUACAGAAUCCUUGCACGCCAGCUCCGAUUGGAGCUAGGGAGCGGCGCCGGCCAUUAGACAAAACAAAAAGGAGGAAAGGCAUUUAUAUAACCACUCCUAGUGAUGACGGUGGCGAAGAAGACCCUCCUUCUGUGAACGGUUGUAAGCGUGAGAGUAGUGAGGCGUCACUACAAGACAUGCGUCUGUCAGCGGAGACACGGACGUCUUCGCUUCUCGGCGACAAGUCCGAUGAUUCAUGUACAAAUGGCCCACCAAGCCCAUGUGAGGCGCCGGUCUCGGCCUGGCCCAAGUCUGAGGAGUUAAAAGCGAGGCGUGCAAGGUUUUAUCAACAAAGUUCCGACGAAAGGGACGACGAUUCUUACCGGACGAGGCGGAAAUAUGGAGAUUCUCCUUCAGAAGCAGAGAGUGACACUUGCUCUCGUGACAGAACCGCGUCGCCUUCCCCGUUCAGUCCAUCUGAUACGUCAGAUGUGGAAGCGAGACGCCAGCAAUUUUCAAAGGGGCCAUUUGGAAAAAAUUUAGAAGCGCCUUCGAGCCGAUCAGUUGAGACUGGUAGAAGGAGUUUCUCAGACGCAACUGUGCCGAGUCGUAAAACUAGUGUUGGGGCCAUGUCAGUGGGGAGUAGAGGUCGCGGCCCUACGCAUGUAAGGGCCACGUCGUCACCUUCAAAAUUGGCUGGAGUGAAACCUGGUGCGGAUUUGCUGGCAGAGUUGCUUCGCGGCAGCUCCGAGGCGCUCUCCAACUCUUCGACCUUCGACAACGUGAUCCUGACGCUGCAUCAGCACAACGACACAAGGACCCACGUUGUUGUAGAGUUGUACGAAACUGAGAAAUCAUACGUCGAAGCUUUGGAGAUAUUAGUUAAGAAAUACCUUCAACCUCUGAAAAGUCCAGAGAACGCUGGUCUUCUCGACGCGUUUUUGGUAGAUGAGAUCUUCUACCAGGUCCCGGGGAUCCUGAACGUGCACCAAGUGUUCUUGGAGCAGCUGAGGAGGCGGUUGGAGCAAUGGGACCUUCAGCAGAAAGUCGGCGACGUCUUUUUAGAUGUGUUUACAAAACCCACCGUAAUGGACACAUACAUGUCGUUCAUAAACAACUUGAAGAAGGCAAAGGAAACGAUCAAGACAGCCGCGUCGUCGCGGCCUGCCUUCGCGAAGUUCUUGGACGCUAUGGCCAGGGACCAUAAGGGAAAACUCUCGUUGGACAACCUUCUCAUAAAGCCAGUGCAGAAGUUUCCGAGCUAUAAACUCUUGAUACAGAGGCUGAUAAAGCACACGGACCAAACGCAUCCCGACCAUAAGUUAUUACUGGAGGCUCAAAAAGAGAUCCAUGAGUUACUGGAGCUGAUAAACUGCACGGAGAGAGAGAGCUUGGAGCUCGAGCAGCAACAGCAGACAUUACGCGAAUUGGAGCAAAUGAUCGAGGGUCUCUCAAACCUGGUGACGGCAGAUCGCAUGUUCCUCAGGCAUGAGACAGUGACGAUGCCUUCAGCGCAGGGAACCAUUAAAGAUAGAGCUCUCUUCUUAUUCAACGAUACGUUGUUAAUAACAAGUGUGAAGAGGCGGACCGGUACUAUUAAAAAGCCUAUUCCAACGUACCAAAGUAGCAUAGCGAGUCAAAUGGAAGGCAACAAAUACAAACUACUCAUGAGGAUAUCUUUGGCAGAUCUCGAAAUUGUUAAAGCUAAAGACGAAAAUCUACGGCGAAUAAUGCACGAAGUAGAAACAUUGACUGAAGACGUGAACACACUGACGCAGAUAUCUGAGCACGUUGCUGCGUUGCACACACAACACUCACAACUAGAGGAGAUUGUGAGGGACAUGCUGCAUUCGCUGAACAGACAACUGUCGGAGAGGCAGAACAGCGACACACAACUUUGUUAUAUGGAGAUCAGUGUACACACGCCAAACGGACCAGAGAAUCUAACUAUAAUAUAUCCAAAGGCGGAGAAAAGGAGCAGCUGGGAGGAACUGGUAAACGAGACCAAGCAAAAAUUGUGCGUGUAUGGACAAGAGAGGCCAGCCCCAGAAUUCCUAUCACCAGUUCCGAUUCGCAAGACCCGAGCCGGCCUGCAGUUCACCUGUGCCGCUCCAACUCUACCGCCAAAGGGCCAGUCACCUGACGUUUGGGUGUGCAACAGCGACGGGUACGUGGGGCAGGUGUGCGUGCUGACGCUGUCGCCGAAGCCGCAGGUGACGUCGUGCAACGGCGUGUGCAACGCGCGCAUCCUGUGCGUGGCGUGCGUGCCGCCCGCGCCCGCGCCCGCGCUCGCGCGCCAGCACACGCUCGACAUACCGAGCACAAGUUCGCUUAACAGCACCGGGUCGGUGAAGCCUGGUAUCAGCAUAUCCGAUCCUGACGACAGCUGCAAAAACAUUCGAUUGGACAGUUCAUCAUCCAGUGACGACGAGGACGACGGCUCGUCAACCAGCGAGAACCAGGACGCGCAGUCCGAACGGAGCCAGGAGUCUGCAACAAUCAGGCUUCACAGCAGCUUGACAGCCAGUCUCGGAAACCACAGGAGCACCCUCACUCCGAACCAUAGCAAGAGUCUGAGCACUCCUCAUACUGGCCAGAAUAUCCAGGUCCAUCCAGUUAUGAAAAGCAGCUCGAACCCAGCGGUGGAUAAGCAGGCGAUGGGGAUUACAUCUGGAACUCUCUCAUCUCCUGCAAGCCGUCAAUCAUCAGAAGACAGUGGGACAACUGCGAACCAACCUACAAUGUGGCUGGGAACUGAAGACGGUUGCAUCCACGUCUACAACUGUCUGGACAAUAUCAGGAUCAAGAAGAAUAAAGUGAAACUGCAGCAUAAUUCGGGAGUUCAUUCCAUUGUUUACGUGGAAGGGAAAGUGUUUGUUGCUCUCGGAAAUGGCGACCUUGUUGUAUAUUGUCGAGAUAUAGAGGGUUCGUGGUCGGAGCGGUGCGUGAUCGCGGUGGGGUCGGGCAGCAGCCCCGUGAGCAGCAUGCUGCUGUCGGCGGGCCGGCUGUGGUGCGCCACGCACGCCUCCAUCAAGAUCAUCAACCCGCACACGCUGCAGGUGGACGAAACAUUCCAAAUAAGUUCAGAGUCGAAGCCGAUCAGCCACAUGGCUGUAGCUGGCAACACGAUCUGGCUGUCGUUGCACAACGCCGCUCAGCUGCGGUGCUACAACGCGACCAGCCGGGAGCAGCUCGCCGAGAUCAACAUCACGCCGCAAGUCACUAAGAUGUUGCAUGGGUGUGACGACAUAAUCCGCCAGCACAAGGCGGCGUGCCUGCGCGUGACGGCGCUGCUGGCGGCGCGCGACACGCUGUGGGUGGGCACGAGCGCCGGCGUGCUGCUCACCGCGCCGCUCCACAACGCGCCCAACAAGCGCACCGGCGUCUUCACGCACCCACAUCUCACCGGCAUAACCUACGGACACACGGGCCACGUGAGAUUUUUGACGAUCGUCGAAAAUCCAGUGCCGCCGAAACAACCAACAAAAUCUACACAGACAUCACUCAAAACGAAAGCGUUGAGCCGACGCUCGACCAACGCUGAGAAACUACAGAAACAAACAGAAAGCAACCAAAAUAACAAAGAGACAUUGAUCAUUUCUGGCGGAGACGGAUACGAAGACUUCCGAAGUUCCACCAUGACAGAGGACGCUGGCAGAGAAGACUCGACGAACCAUUUACUUCUUUGGAGAGUAUGAACGAAUCAUAAGGCCUACAGGGUUACGAAAUUCUUCCCGCGCCUUUUCAAACGCGUCGUGGAUGUACUAAGAUGAUCACGUGAUCACGGUGAAGUUUUUAAUGUUUUCGUUGAAUGUUUAGUAUAAUUCCAGCUUGAUUUACGAUGUACGCUACUUAAAUUAAUAUAGGUGUAUAACGCGUACCGCGUGACAAAUUUUGAGAUUAUUAAUACGACAUGAAAUGUCGGUUUAUCAUCAACAAAAUGGUUUUGUAAGUGCAGUAUUAUUCGAGUACAUUUAUCAGAGUUUUGGACCAUCUCUUCGGCCUGUUAUGUACCUUUAUAGAUGUUUUAUAGUAUUCUGAAGUGUUUUAGAGUUGUUUACAUGUAAUCCAUAUCAAGACAAGAAUUUUAUGUAUCCGUCAUAUCGCUGUGAAUGUGGAAAUGUAGGGUAUAUUGAAAUAAUGAUAAUUUGUUUACCUAAGAUGCGUUUUAGGUCUUUUAAAUUGUUCAUUAAUUUCAUUGACAGCUUUACAGAUGUUGCGAGUGUUUACUUUCUCAGUUUUUAUUUGCCUAACAUUAGUAAUAGGUGUAUUUGUAUAAGGAUUAUAAUUGGCCAUAAGUGUAAAAGUAUUAGAGGUUAUUAAUAAGAUGCAAUAUUUUGUCGUUUAAGAAACAACACUUUAGUACUUACAUUUUCAAAUAAAUCUUUGCUAAGUAGGUAAUGGCCGGCUGAUUGAAUAUUGUGGUGUUGAUAGAUGCAUUUUUAAAUCUCUUAUAUUAACUAGAUCCUAGGCUGAUCUGUAAUUUAUGGAGAGUCGAAACGUAGUCGAUUCGCGAGCGAACAGGUCUGUAUGCCUUUCAUUUUGUCUAUUUUUCGCCUCCGCGUCGACUUUCCAAUUACCGAUCGGCCAUAUCUCGCGUGUUGUUUUUUAAGUGAAAACAUACUGCUUAUUCAAAUAAUAAAGAAAUUGGGAAAGUAAUCAUUAUCGAUGUCCAUAUACAAUGCAAUUUCAAUUAGCUCUAGAUCGUAGAAGAAAUUAUAGCUCAGAAUUACUUAUCAUCGAAAAAUAUUUUUUUGUGGUGAAUUCAAAUUGUGAUUGCUCAAAAAUGUUUAACCAUUGUUACCUGAUCCAUCACAAGGGCAAAUAAUAGGACGUAUGGACCUUGUAUCCUAUAUUUAUAAUUCAGAGUAAAUAAAGAAGUCGCACUAACA